AUGGGCGCCGCCGCCGACCCGCUGCGCGAGGCGAUCAUGGGCCAGACCGAGGCUCAGCUCGAGGGCAUCGCAGACCGGGUCGGCAUUGAUCACGGUGUGAUGCAGGGCGAGGGCCGGCUCGAGGCGCUGAGGAAGGCGGAGGAGGCGGAGAAGGAGGCGGGGCGCGCCAGGGAGAGCAAGAAGGGCAAGAAGAAGAAGAAGAAGAAGGGGAAGGGUGGCGGGGGAGGCGCUGCGGCUGCGCAGGGGCUGCCCGAGGAUGAGGCAGCGCUGGCGGCUAGGGAGGAGGCGGAGCCGGCAGCGGCGCUCGAGGAGAGCGCGAGGCUGGAGGACGAGGCGAGGCGCCCAGCGGAGGAGCAGGCGCCUCCCGCCGGGUCGACUGGCGACCCUCUGCUGAGUGAGGAGCAGCCCGUUGCGGCGCUCUCGCUAGCCGACGCCAACUUCGACACGGGUCGCGCAGCGAUGAGAAACACUGUUAGGGGGUGGGGAAAGGGGGGGAGACUAGGCACAGCCCCCAGGCGCGACCUCGAGUGGAGCCCGCCGGGCGACGGCGGUGUGAUAUCGGCGAUGAGCGGGAGUGGUGCGUUGGACAAGUUGCUCAACGCCGGAUUCGCGUACGCGUUUGUUUCCAACGCGCACGACCCCGUCGCGACGCUCGACCAGUCCUUGCUCACGUGGUUUGCUCAUCGGGGCGAGCCGCUGCUACUGGAGGUUGCGCGGCGCACGGACUCUGAGAGGGAGGGCGCCCAUCUCGCACGACGAACUGCGACGAGCGGCCUGCUGCUUCGAGCGUCGGCGCAAUGCCCAGAGAAUGAUCAGCACCAUUUCGAUGACGUGUCACGCCACCGUUUCCGCGCUACGGAUAACCUCUGGCUCGACCUGCGGGCGCUGCACAGGAAGCUAGCGAAGCUCAAGCAAGGAGAUAUAUCGUUGAGUGUGGCGCCUAAUCUGACGACGGUCGACCCACACGACGAGACCUCAACACCGGUCUACGAGCUCGAGGCCACUGUGGGGGCGGUGCUGGAGUUGUUCGGCGCCGAGGCGGCUGCGAUUCUCGUGCCGUGCUCGCGGUUCGCGCCUGUACGCACGAUGGGCGACUUACUAGCGCUCCGGUCGGAUGCGUACGAGGCUGCCGGAGGCCGCGUCGUACUCGCACCUGAGCGAGAAGGCGUGCCGCCUCUCGUCCUGCUGGACGCCUCGUACUCAUCCUCCGAUAGCCUCGACGCGCUCAUCCCACUCGCUGCAUGUCAAGGUGCCGCCGCCGCCGGAGGGGUGAACGAGGCCGUCGGCAAGCAGCGCCAGCGGGGCGGGGAUCGGGGGAGCGGCGGGCGCGGGUGCGAGGUUGAUGGCUCAUACGCCGCGCCGAGCAUGAGGAUGGUCGUCCUCGAGCUCAACGGGACCACGGUCGCGUCUCUUGAAGACGCACGCAGCCGGGCAGAGCUGCUGCUCAGUUCGACGUGCGACGAGCGUCACGACGGCGAUACGUUGCGCGCCGAAGCGUGCAGCGACCUCAUCUUUGACGAGGGAGUCUGGCAGACCACGUACCGCAUGGCAGUUCCGGGGCGGCAGUUCGGCGUCUUCGCAGACAAUCUGCCAAUCACGUUUGAGCAGGACUCGCACUACCUCAAGACGCUCGACGGCGCGAACGUCGAGCCGAUUGCCGAGCUUCCAGAGGCGCCGGACGACCCUAUUCCGUGGGCGGAGGGCAUCGGCGCCGCUUUUGCUGUCAACUGCAUCACCCUUUCCGGCGUUGUCUUCUUGGGGCCCGGCCUGCGCAAGUUAUAUCACCGGCACGAGCGCCGCUUCCUGAUAAUCAUGUCGGCCUUCGCCGCGGGCGCGCUCCUCGCCGCCGCCUUCUACCUGAUCCUCUUCGAGGCGACCCACCUCGUCGGCACCUCCAGCAAAGACGAGUCGGUUGUCACCGCCCGCUGGGGCUCAAUGGUCCUGCUCGGUUUCAUCGCGCCCUCACUCUUCGAACUGGCCGUCCAUCUCCUUCGCUUCGUCCUGGCCGCCAGCUCCUUCAGCGAAGGCGCUUCACGCCGCUCGCCCUCCCAAGACCCGGCUGGCCUACUGUUCACCUGCUGUUGCCGCAAGGUGGAGGCAAACGACCCGUGCCCGGUGGAUCGAAGUCCAUCACCGUCGCCGGACCCAACGACCCGAAUUCGCGUCUUGAGCGGCGUUCUCAUCGGCGACCUGAUGCACAACUUUUGCGACGGCAUCUUCAUAGCCACCGGUUUCCGCUACUGCGGCAGCUCUCUGGCUUGGAGCAUUGCCGCCGCGACCAUCUUCCACGAGAUUGCGCAGGAACUCUCCGACUUCCUCAUCCUGACGAACUCCGCUCAGGGCGGCCUCAAGGUGCCUCUCGCCCUCCUCCUCAACUUCGUCUCCGGCACGGGCGUGCUGUGGGGCACAGUCCUCAUCUUUUCGAUGUCCAUUGACGACGCUGCUGUGGGCAUGCUCCUCGCCUUUGGCGGCGGCGUCUACCUCCAAGUUGGCGCGGCGGAGUGCAUGCCCCGCGUGUAUGAGGGCGUGCAAAGCGCCGCCGAGCGUGUCUUCUGCCUCGCCGCCUUUUGCGUGGGCACCGUGGCAAUCGGUCUCGUGCUUCUCGACCAUCAGCACUGCAGCACCGCCGGUGCGGGGCACGGCCACUGA